CCCCUGAAACUGUCUGAAAUGAUCUCGCACCCUCUUUUGAGGACCCCCAUUCUUCGCCGCCGCAGAGGAAUGUCAAGAAAACCAACAUGGCAGACGAAAUGAAAUCACUGGGGAAGAACAGCGGCAUCGUGAUCAGAGAUGGAUGGCCAGGCUACCGUUUGGAUCUAUUUACCUACCCAGAGCACUAUUCUGGAGACUUGGAGUGUGUUUACAUUCCUCAUGGGGUUAUCAUGGACCGGACAGAAAGGUUAGCGAGAAACAUCAUGGACGAUCUGGGUGACCACGACAUUGUGGUGCUUUGUGUGCUGAAGGGGGGCUACCAGUUCUGUGCUGACCUGGUGGAGUGCAUCAAAGCCCUAAACCGCAACUCCAACAAGAGCCUGCCCAUGCGAGUGGACUUCAUUCGCCUCAAGAGCUACCUGAAUGAUAAGUCCACACAAGACCUCCACAUUGUCGGAGGGGAAGAUCUGUCUGUGCUUAGUGGGAAGAAUGUCCUGGUUGUGGAGGCUAUAGUGGAUACUGGAAAAACCAUGAAGGCUCUCUUGAGCCAUGUUGAAGCCUUCAAGCCGAAAAUGAUCAAAGUGGCCGGGCUGCUGGUAAAGAGAGUGCCAAAUGGAUCUGGAUGUCAACCAGACUAUGUUGGCUUUGAGAUACCUAAUCGAUUUGUGGUUGGAUACGCUUUGGACUACAAUGAAUACUUCAGGGAUCUCAAUCACAUUUGUGUGAUCAGUGAGAGUGGGAAACAGAAGUAUAAGGUCUGAGAGCAUUCCCUGAGCCAACUAGGACCCCACCCCUAAAGCCAGACGCAACAAGAUCCAGAAGAGUGUCGGAUGCACCGACCACAGGACGCACACAGAGAGCUGCCAUCAAGGCAAACUCGCUUGUUAUUUUCUCUGAGAGUUUGGUUGGUUGCAUUCAUGCUGCAUGACAGGGUAAAACCCCGCAACUGUGCUAGAACAUUUUUAGCAACGCCACUUUGUUACCCCACUGAGCUGUUACUUUGAUCCAUGUGACUUCAUAUAACAUGAUGUGUUUAUGUAGCCAUUUUUCAUUUGUGGGCAUUUUCUAUUUCCACAUUAGUCUGUUCUUUAGUCUUAAAAAAAAAACAACCUUCAUGUAACAUGAAAUGAGGUAGUCAGUCACUGGCAUAAGAAAUAAAAGAAUUAACUACUGUAGUCUAUAAUAUAAACUAAUUUGAUUCUCUAUAACGCCUACCUCUUCUGCCUGGAGUACAAGACAGGCCUCUCUGUUAGUCAGUGCCACAGCUCAUACUGUGUACAGAAGCUUUGCUUGCUUAGGCGAGUGUUAUCUCACACCUCAUCCUAUUAUUUCCUCAUGCCGUUUGUUUCUUUAUUCUAAAGGAGACAUUUAUCAUAUGUACUGUAUCAAAUGUACUUGUUGUCAUGUUCAUUGCAGAAAUACAUAAAAUAAAAAUGUGACUGUUUCCACUUCCAUUCA